AUGGCAUCUCAGAACAACUUCCCUUUUCCAAAAUCCCCCCCACCACCGCCCCAGCCUCCCAUUCGCCCUCAUCCUCUGCCACCGCAGCCACCAUCACCAGACAAUCAUCCAACAGUUAUAGUUAUUGUGUUCAUUUCGGUUGGUGGUGUUUUCUUCCUCGCAUUCCUUGCAGCUGCUCUCUUCUGUUUCCUCAAGAAGAGGAAGAAUAAAAAAGUCCAAAAAGAUGAAAUGAUCCAUUUCGAUGAACACAAGAAGGUGACAGAGGCAAUUGUGGAAUGUCGUCAUGGACCAGAGGCUGUGGUAUUAUCAGUUGAGGAUGAUGUUCAUUUUGAGAAGGAGGUAGUGAAGACUGAAAAGGUUGGUGAAAGUUUGCAUGCUAAGUUAGCUCAAGGCGAGGCUUCAACGUCUGCACCACCUUCUUCUCUUUCUAGUGAUUCUCAUCAUGAUCAGCUGGGACACAAGGCUUGA